AUGGAAGGCACUCACUGCACCCUCCAAUUGCGUAAACCCAUUACCGAAGUCUGCUACAUCAGCUUCUAUCUUCCAAGGGGCGAAGUCAGAGGAUUUUCGUACAAGGACACUGUAACUCUAGACAGAGCCAGUAAAGGGUUUCACAACUGCUACCAAGUCAGGGAGGGGUCCGACCUCCACAGCCUCAGUCUGCAGCCAAACGAACAUCCAGGCGACAUCUUUUUCAAGCCGACUCCCACGAAAGACAUUCUGACUGAACUGUACAAACUCACUGCCGAGAGGGAGAGACUGCUGGCCGGUCUGCUGAGCUCAGGCCACGUCCUGGGGAUUACAAUGGGGAACCAGGAGGGGAAGCUGCCUGAACUCUCUGUGAGCCUGGCCUCCGAGGAUGACUGUUUCCAGAGUGCUGGCGACUGGCUUGGGGAGCCCUCCGUGGGCUGUCUCAACAAGAGGAGCUCCCACGGGAACAAAAAGGCCCGGAGGUUUGGUGGAAGGAGAGAGAGCUUUGAGGGGCUCACUCAAAGCUCCCUGCAGAAGAGGACAAAAAGAAAGGGGCAUGGAGGACAGGAAUUGGCUCCUCUGCUGGGGAAGGACCAGGUCUAUUUCAGCAGUUCUCUUCCUCUCUCUCGAACAAGGUCUCAUCUUUGGCUUCUGGAGGAGAGAGGCAACUUGCUCCUCAAUGGGGAGCUUACUUCAUCCCUGCAGAGGAGAGAGAGAUGCACCCUAGAGGUCCCCAGGACACUGGAUGCUGACUCUGCCUUGGGAAGCAUCAAGAAGCCUUCUGAAGAUGCGGGGCUAGGAAGAGGCGUGCUGCCCCCUGACUGCAGCUCCACGGAGCUGAAGAGAACCCCUCGCAGGCUGGUGCAUCAGCAAACAGGCUUGACUGAAAGUCACAAGGAGCCUGAGAAAGAACCAGCUGUAGAGACACGCCGGAGAGCGAAGGCUGCUGAGUGGACUCAUAGGAAGAAGUCUGUCUCCAGAGUGGUGGCCAGAGUCCAGGAUCUGUCCACUCAGGUACAGCGAGUAGUCAAAACGCAUCCUGAGGGUGAGGGAAAGAUUGCCCCUGGCCUAGCAGCCCCAGCUGAGUUCACACCAGGUGUAGACUUGCUCACCCUCCCGGGAGCUGAGGCUGGGGCCUGGGGAGCCAGGGGCCUGGACCAGGAACAGCAAAGGGACAGGUCAUGGCAGCCAUCAGCUGGGGAAUGCCCCCCAGCCAGCACUGAGGGGGCUGUGAACAAGGUCCUCCUGAAGGUGAUAGAGAGCGAGAAGUUAGAUGAUGCUGCUGAGGGCAAACGGCUGGGCUUUUCCUUUGGCACAAUUGGCGCCCACACCCUCCCAGAAACCAGGAGCAGGAGGGGAGCUGGGCUUGGAAGAGGCAGCCGCAAAACCUUGUUUCUGGAUCUGCCCCAUGGUGGCGUGGACCCUGGAAGUGAUGAGAAAAGGCUGCCCCCACUAGCGCUGGCUGCUCUUGGCACGGUAAUUAAUAAUUCAGCCUUUCCACCCAGCACGCGCAAACGGAUGUCACCUGUUCCCUCACCUCUCUCUCCAAGGCUCCCCAGCCCUCAGCAGCAUCAUAGGAUCCUCCGGCUCUCCUCACCACCUGGAGAGAGAGAAGCCGCUCUUGAUGACUCUCUUUCUGGAAGGAGCCGUGCUUUCUCUGGGUCCCUCUCUGCUGACACCUUGGAGCCACCAUCCUCUGCCAAGGUCACGGAGACCAAAGGGGCCAGCUCGACCUCCCUCAGAGUGGGCCAACUUCGGUUGGUGCCCGGGGAACCUUUGGAAAAGACCUUGGGGCCCGGGAGGACCACAGCUCAGCCCCAGCACCAGUCACCUCCAGGCAUCUCCUCUGAGGGCUUUGCCCGGGACGGCUUCAGUGAGCAGCCAGCAGCUAAAGACCUUCCCAGCAAAGAUGGAGGUGCGUGGGUCCUGGCUUACAGAGCAGGGCCAGCCUGUCCAUUUCUGCUCCAUGAGGAAAGAGAGAAACCCAACAGAAAUGAAUUGCACUUGGAUCUCCAUCCUGACCACAGCCCCACUGAGCAGGAUGAUAGGAUUCCUGGCAGACUCCAGGCUGUCUGGCCACCACCGAAGACAAAGGACACCGAAGAAAAAGUGGGACUGAAGUACACUGAAGCAGAAUACCAAGCUGCUAUUUUACACUUGAAGAGGGAGCACAAAGAAGAAAUUGAAAACCUGCAGGCUCAGUUUGAACUUCAAGCCUUUCACAUCCGGGGUGAGCAUGCAGUGAUAACAGCAAGACUAGAAGAAACCAUUGAGAAUCUCAAACACGAGAUAGAACACCGAUGGCAAGGAGGAUGCGAAGAGAUGAGAGAUGUAUGUGUCUCCACGGAUGAUGACUGCCCUCCAAAGACUUUCAGAAAUGUGUGCAUCCAGACAGACAGAGAGACUUUCCUCAAACCCUGCGAAGGUGAAGGCAAGACAACCAGAAGUAACCAAAUAAUACCUAAAAAGCUGAACAUCUCCUCUUUAAGCCAACUCUCUCCCCCAAAUGACAACAAAGACACCUGUGUACCACCUGCGGAAGGCAGCUCACUGAAUCAGCAGAAAGCAGCUCCUUCCCCUCCCCCUCCUCCUCCUGCCCCACCACUACCAGCAGCCAUCCCUCCCCCGCCUCCCCUCCAACCUGGACUUGGACCUUUGCCACCAGCACCUCUGCCACCACCUGUGAAUACUGGACCGCCACCACCUCCCCCACCUCCUCUGCCUCCAAGUGCUGGACCUCCCCCACCUCCUCCUCCCCCACCACCCCCUCCUUCCAUCCCUCUGCCCAACAGCGGGGGUCCUCCUCCUGCUCCAGCACCCCCAGGACUGGCACCCCCACCUCCUCCUGGACUCUUCUUCGGAGUUGGCCCGUCUUCCGGCCAGUGUCCUCGGAAGCCAGCCAUUGAACCCAGUUGUCCAAUGAAGCCUCUGUACUGGACUAGGAUACAAAUAAGUGAUAAGAGCCAAAAUUCUACGCCAACUUUAUGGGAUUCCUUAGAAGAACCUGAUAUUCGGGAUACUAGCGAAUUUGAGUAUUUAUUCUCCAAAGACAUACCUCAACAGAAGAAAAAACCUCUCUCAGAGACCUAUGAGAAAAAAAACAAGGUCAAAAAGAUCAUCAAGUUAUUGGAUGGAAAACGAUCUCAAACUGUGGGAAUCUUGAUCUCUAGUUUGCAUUUAGAAAUGAAGGAUAUCCAGCAGGCCAUUUUUAACGUGGACGAUUCUGUGGUUGAUCUGGAAACCCUGGCAGCCUUAUAUGAAAACAGAGCCCAAGAGGAUGAACUCGUUAAAAUAAGAAAGUAUUAUGAGACAUCCAAAGAGGAAGAAUUGAAGCUGCUGGAUAAACCUGAGCAAUUUUUGCAUGAGUUAGCCCAGAUCCCUAAUUUUGCUGAACGUGCCCAGUGCAUAAUCUUCAGAUCUGUCUUUUCUGAGGGUAUCACCGCCUUGCACCGAAAGGUAGAGAUCAUCACACGAGCUUCUAAGGGCUUGCUGCACAUGAAAAGUGUAAAAGAUAUUUUAGCUCUCAUUCUGGCUUUUGGAAAUUAUAUGAAUGGAGGAAACAGGACUCGGGGACAAGCAGAUGGAUAUAGCUUAGAAAUUCUGCCCAAACUCAAGGACGUCAAAAGUCGGGAUAAUGGGAUUAAUCUGGUGGACUACGUGGUGAAAUAUUACCUGCGUUACUAUGAUCAGGAAGCAGGAACAGAAAAGAGCGUUUUCCCCUUGCCUGAACCACAGGAUUUCUUCUUGGCUUCUCAAGUCAAAUUUGAAGACCUUACAAAAGAUUUGAGAAAACUAAAGAGGCAACUAGAAGCAAGUGAGAAGCAGAUGGCAGUCGUGUGUAAGGAGUCGCCAAAGGAGUAUCUGCAGCCGUUCAAGGACAGCCUGGAAGAGUUCUUCCAGAAAGCCAAAAAGGAACAUAAAAUGGAAGAAAGUUACUUGGAGGAUGCACAGAAAAGUUUUGAAACAACAGUAGGAUAUUUUGGGAUGAAGCCAAAGUCUGGUGAGAAGGAGAUCACACCCAACUACGUGUUUAUGGUGUGGUACGAGUUCUGCAGUGACUUCAAGACUAUCUGGAAACGGGAGAGUAAAAACAUAUCUAAAGAAAGAUUGAAAAUGGCUCAGGAAUCAGUCAGCAAGUUAACAGCAGAGAAGAAAGUGGAGACAAAGAAAAUCAACCCCACGGCUAGUCUGAAGGAAAGACUGCGUCAGAAGGAAGCUAGUGUGAGCACCAACUAA